AUGGUUGAUGCGUGUAAAGGCAAGGGCGAGAGCAGGAUCAGAAAGGCGUUGCGACCCGCCAGUCACGUGCGGACGUCGUUUUUGAGCUUCCUGGGUGGAUCGACGCCAACGCAGAGCUUGAUAUUCCUCGUGCUCCGUUGGCCGCUGUUGAUCCUGUUUUGCGCUUUCAUUCUGUUUGAUUUGAUAUGCUACAUUGCUGUCCGGCAAUGGGUUCGGUGGUAUGAGUGGGCGAUUACGUGGCGCGGACAUCGCCGGAUCUUGCGCAAGAAGUUGAACGAGUCCAAAAAUUAUGAGGAAUACAAAGAAAACGCCACGAUCCUCGACGACUACCUUCAAAACACUGAAUGGAAAUCCAUCGAAGCCUCCCCACACUACGACGUCCGCCUCAUCCAACGCACGACCCGCCGCCUCAAACGCAACCGCACCCUCAUCCAAUCUUCGCAAACCCGCCCGCAGGACGCAACCUCCGCCAGCAUCAGCGGUCUCGCCACUGCCACACGUGAGAUCGUCUCCAUCAUCCAGCACGGCGCUUGCAAAACCAACUUUGGGAAUGUUGAGAACGAGGCCUUGUACAGUUAUACAUACUUCGGCACGAAGAAGUUGGUGGAGGAGUAUAUUGAGGAGCUGUGCGAAUCGAUUGAUUGUGUGGCUGACUCGCCGGUGCUGGCCCUGGAGGAGAAACAUGAUAUUUUGAGGAAGGCGGCACAUAGUUAUGGACGGACGGCGCUUUGUUUGAGCGGAGGGGCGACGUUGGGUUAUUAUCAUUGUGAGUUGGGGGGUGUCGCAAAGGCUCUCUUCGAACAAGGGCUUCUCCCGACCGUUAUAACCGGGACCAGCGCCGGAAGCUUGAUUGCGGCGAUAUUGUGCACGCGAACAGACAAAGAGCUGGUGGAGGAAGUUUUUACGCCCAAUAUUUCGAAAUUGUUGACGGCGUGCGAGCCGACUUACAUUGAACGCUUCAAGAGACUUUACCGCACAGGCGCCAUGUUUGAUCAUCGGGAAUGGUUUCAGCGGCUCAUCUUGGCGUUGAGGGGUACGUGCCCACUAACCUUCCUCGAAGCCUACCAACGCACUGGCCGCAUCCUCAAUAUCGCCAUCGUUCCCGACGAACCCCACUCCCCCUACAAACUCUGCAACUACAUCACCACCCCGCACGUCAUCAUCGCCACCGCCUGCAUCGCCUCCUCAGCCGUCCCCGGCGUGCUCAACCCGGUGGAACUGCUCAUGAAGAACCCGGAAACGGGAGAAAUCGUACCCUUCCAUGGAUCUGGACGCAAGUGGAGGGAUGGGAGCUUGAUGAUGGAUAUACCCGAGAGGGAAUUGAAUAGGCUGUGGAACGUGAAUUUCACGAUUGUGAGCCAGGUCAAUCCGCAUAUUGUCAUGUUCUUUUUUGAUCGGAGGGGGAGUUGCGGGAAUCCGACGGCGCAUCGGCAUGGGAGGGGGUGGCGCGGCGGUUUCAUAGCCUCAGCUCUAGUGCAACACUUUAAACUCGACCUCCAAAAAUGGAUGAGUCUACUAAAAGACUUCCAACUCCUCCCCCGCAUCCUCGGCACCGACGUCUCCGACGUCUUCCUCCAACGCUUCGAAGGCUCCGUCACCAUCGUCCCCCGCCCAACCCUCCAAGACUUCAAGUUCAUCCUCACCGACCCGACCUACGACCGCAUGGAGAUGUACAUCGAGAAGGGCGAGCAGCGCACAUGGAGUAAGAUCGAGAUGGUGCGCCAGCGGAUGAGGUUCGAGAAGAAGAUUGGGGAGGCGAGGCGGCGGGUGCCGAGGUUGGAGAGGGGGCACUUGCAGAGGAGGGAGAGCUCGGUUAGUGCGGUGACGAAUAAUUGGGCGGGGAGUGUGGGGUCGGGAGGCGGGCAAGGGCAGGUGAACGGGUAUAGUGGGAGUGGGAUGACGGUGGGGGGCACGGUACAGAGUAGGAGGUCGGCGAGGAAGUUGCCGUCGCAUAUGGAUGUUCAUGCGGAGUAA